GGGGCCGCGACCCGAAUCCGGGCUCCGGGCAGUGCGGGCGGCGCGGCGAGCCAGUUGUUUGCUGCUUCUAAAUGGAUUCCAGUGAAUUUCCUGGAUCUUUGGACCCACUUUCUCUGCCUGAUAAGCCACUGAUUGGUGAUCUCCCUGCUGACAUGGAGUUUGGGGAAGAUCUUCUGGGCUCCCAGACAGCUUCUGCACAGCAAGGGUCAGGUCUUCAACCCCCUGUGAUGGAAUGGGAUCAGACCAAGCAGGUCACUGCAGAUGGGGACUUAGACCUUUUGGUGAAAGCAGACAGUUUGUCUGACCUAAGCAAAUCAAACAAUCUUGAUCUAAAUAAACCCAGUGUCUUGGAUGUUCUGGAGAAACCUGGUGUCUUAGAUGACUUGGAUGAAGCCACUGACUUGAUGGUUCUAGAUAAACCAGGGGAUUUGGAGGGUCUGUACAAGGCACAUUCUUCCCAGGACGACAUGGAUGGGCAUGGGGACUCCUCUGUGCUGGCUAGGGAAGACUUUGUGCCAGAAGCUUGGAAAGAAGGGGAAGAUAAACCAAAAUAUGACUCUGGGGACCUAAAAGAUGAUUGUGCUGCUGCCACUGCUGUGCUUUGUGAUGGCAAUACCCUGGAGUCCCCCCUGCAGCCCAUUCCUGUUGCAGGGGAGCUGAGCUGUGCGCCAUCCACAGAGGAAUUUACAACGCAGCUCUCAAGUUUGCCAGCGGUUUCGCCACAGCCCAGUCUUAAGCAGGCAAAGAAAACAAGGUUGAAGGCACCAAGGAAAAGCUCCCCUGUGCAAAAAGAGGAGCCAGCAGCAGAAGUGGGGCUAGAACAGAGCCCUGCCCUGCCCCCUGAGCACACUGACGAAGGCCAGGCUGAGGAGGGGGAUGAGGAUGGUGGUAAUGCCCUCAGACAAGAGAGCAGCAUGCCGAAAGCACAGGAGACCACACUGUCAUCAUCCCCAGGAGAAGACCUGGCCGGGAAGGGAAGCGAACAGCCAACUGAGAAGGAGCAGAAGAGAAGCGAACGAGCCAGGAGAUCAGAGGCAGCCAGGCCUGAAACUGUGAAUUCCUCCGAGAGCAUCCCGGUCUCUGACGAGGACUCGGAUGCUAUGGUGGAUGAUCCCAAUGAUGAGGACUUUGUUCCCUUCCGUACCCGGCGCUCGACCCGCAUGUCCUUGCGCACACAGAUGGCUCAGCGGGCUGCCCGCUCCACCGUCACCAAGAUGACUUGUGCCAACUGCCGGACCCCACUGCAGAAGGGCCAGACCGCCUACCAGCGCAAAGGGCUCCCUCAGCUCUUCUGCUCCAGUUCCUGUCUCACCACCUUCUCCAAGAAACCACCCGGCAAGAAGAUCUGCACCUUCUGUAAAAAAGAGAUCUGGAACACCAAGGAUUCUGUUGUGGCCCAGAUCGGCUCAGGUGCCUCUUUCCAUGAGUUCUGCACCUCUGUGUGCCUCUCCCUCUACGAAGCGCAGCAGCAGAGACCAGCCCCUCAGCCUGCAGAGGCCUCGGACACCAGCCGCUGCAGUGUCUGUCACAAGCCUGGGGAGAUCCAGCACGAGGUCAGCAAUGGGAACGUGGUGCACCGGCUCUGCAGUGACGCCUGCUUCACCAAAUUCCGAGCCACCAAGGGGCUGAAAACCAACUGCUGCGAUAACUGCGGCCUCUACAUCUACAACAAGGGAUUGCCACUGGAGUACCUCUUCCACGAGGGCCAGCAGAAACGCUUCUGCAAUUCCACCUGCCUCAAUAGCUACAAGAAGAAGAAUACCCGCGUGUACCCCUGCAUGUGGUGCAAAACGCUGUGUAAGAACUUCGACAUGCUGCCCAACGUGGAUCGGAGCGGCAAGAUGGGCCUGUUCUGCUCCAUCUGCUGUACCACCUCUCACAAAGUGAAGCAGUCGGGUCUGACUGGUCCUGCUAGGCCCUGCAGCUUCUGCAGAAAGAGCCUGUCUGAGCCCUGCUAUUACAACAAGACUGACCGGGUUGUGUACCAGUUCUGCAGCCCCAGCUGCUGGACCAAAUUCCAGCGCACCAGCCCCGAGGGGGGGAUCCACCUGAACUGUCAUUACUGUCACAAUCUCUUCAGCGGGAAGCCAGAGAUUCUGGACUGGCAGGACAAAGUGUACCAGUUCUGCUGCAAGGACUGCUGUGAGGACUUCAAGCGGCUGCGUGGGGUGGUGUCCCAGUGUGAGCACUGCAAGCAAGAGAAGCUGCUGCACGAGAAGAUCCGCUUCUCUGGGGUGGAGAAGAACUUCUGCAGCGAAGGGUGUGUGCUUCUUUACAAACAGGAUUUUACCAAGAACCUGGGUCUGUGCUGCAUCACCUGCACCUACUGUUCCCAGACCUGCCAGCGGGCGGUCACCGAGCAGCUGGAGGGCAGCACCUGGGACUUCUGUAGUGAAGACUGCAAGAGCAAAUACUUGCUAUGGUACUUCAAGGCAGCUCGGUGCCAUGCCUGCAAGCGUCAGGGGAAGCUGCUGGAAACCAUCCACUGGCGGGGGCAAAUCAAACACUUCUGCAACCAGCAGUGUCUGCUGAGGUUUUACAAUCAACAGAACCAGCCCAACCUGGACACGCAGAAGGGGCCCGAGAGCCUGCUGAACAGUCAGACUCCCGAGCCCAAACCUCCUGGCUCUUCCCCACAGAAAGCAGAGACUAAUAUGGUGUCUGCAAAGGCCUCCUCAGCCCAGAUGUCCCCAGCCCCCCCACCGCCACCAGUUCCAGCCACGCCUCGGAAGAACAAGGCUGCUAUGUGCAAACCAUUGAUGCAGAACCGGGGUGUGUCCUGCAAGAUAGAAGUGAAGUCCAAGGGAUGUCAGACAGAGGCAGACUGGAAGCCACAGGUGAUUGUGUUGCCGAUCCCCGUCCCGAUCUUCGUGCCUGUGCCUAUGCAUAUGUACUGCCAGAAAGUACCCGUGCCUUUCUCCAUGCCUGUCCCGGUGCCUGUGCCAAUGUUCCUGCCCACCACACUGGAGAGCACGGAUAAGAUAGUGGAGACCAUCGAGGAGCUGAAGGUGAAGAUCCCUUCCAACCCCCUGGAGGCUGACAUCCUGGCCAUGGCCGAGAUGAUCGCAGAGGCUGAGGAGCUGGACAAGGCAUCCUCAGACCUGUGUGACCUGGUGAGUAACCAGAGCGCGGAGGGUCUCCUGGAGGACUGUGACCUGUUUGGGCCAGCAAGAGAUGAUGUGUUAGCCAUGGCUGUCAAGAUGGCAAAUGUCUUGGAUGAGCCUGGCCAGGACCUGGAGGCCGACUUCCCCAAAAACCCUCUGGACAUUAACCCCAGUGUGGAUUUCCUCUUUGACUGUGGCCUGGUCGGGCCAGAUGAUGUAUCCACAGAUCCAGACCUCCCUCGCACCAUCCGGAAGGGUCAGAAGCGUCUGGUGCUCUCCGAAAGCUGCUCCCGGGACUCCAUGAGCAGCCAGCCGAGCUGCACAGGACUGAAUUAUUCAUAUGGGGUGAAUGCCUGGAAAUGCUGGGUGCAGACAAAGUACGCCGGCGGGGAGUCCAGCAAGGGAGAGGAGCUGCGCUUUGGGCCUAAGCCCAUGCGUAUCAAAGAGGAUAUCCUGGCCUGCACGGCUGCCGAGCUCAACUAUGGUCUUGCCCAGUUCGUCAAGGAGAUAACACGGCCCAACGGCGAGCGCUAUGAGCCAGACAGCAUCUAUUACCUCUGCCUCGGCAUCCAGCAGUACCUGCUGGAGAACAACCGGAUGGUGAAUAUCUUCACAGACCUUUACUACCUGACCUUCGUGCAGGAGCUGAACAAGUCCCUGAGUGGCUGGCAGCCCACACUCUUACCAAACAACACGAUCUUCUCCCGUGUGGAGGAGGAGCAUCUCUGGGAGUGUAAGCAGCUGGGGGUGUACUCCCCCUUUGUCCUCCUCAACACCCUCAUGUUCUUCAACACCAAGUUCUUCGGCCUGCAGACUGCGGAGGAGCACAUGCAGCUGUCCUUCACCAAUGUGGUACGCCAGUCCCGCAAGUGCACUACAGCCCGGGGCACCACCAAGGUGGUGAGCAUCCGCUACUACGCCCCCGUCCGGCAGAAAAAAGGGCGAGACAGCAGUUCUGGGAAGCGGAAGCGAGAGGAGGAGCUGCCGAUCCUGGAGCAGCGGGAGAACAGGAUGAACCCACUCCGGUGCCCGGUCAAGUUCUAUGAAUUCUAUCUCUCCAAAUGUCCAGAGAGCCUGCGGAACCGGAACGACGUCUUCUACCUGCAGCCAGAGAGGUCGUGCAUUGCAGAGUCGCCUCUCUGGUACUCGGUCAUCCCCAUGGACAGGAGCAUGCUGGAGAGCAUGCUGAAUCGCAUCCUGGCCGUCCGGGAGAUCUACGAGGAGCACAGCCGGGGCAGCGGCUUGGAGGAGGACAUGGACUGAGCGCAGGCCAGGGCUGGAGCAUGGGCAGGCGGCACCCAGAGCCCGCUGGGCUGGGUCUGCUCUGGCCUGGGAAGGUGUCUCCCCUGCUCCUCGUAUCUGGCCAGGGUUGCGGCAUGUGAGUGUGGCAUGGCACGGCAUGGGGUUGUAGUGCCGCUCCCAGCCCUGCAGACGUGGUAGCGCUGUCCAGCUCAGCGCGUGUAGGACU